AUGGUUGGAGGACCCGAGGUCUCUGUGUUCGGCGGUCAGUACGUGGACAAUGGCCCUCUUGGGUCCUGUCCCUGGGCUGUAAUAAAAUCAGUUUUUCCAUCCUCCUUUCUGGCCGCUGGCUGUGCCGGCUUCGCGCUCCCCUGCGCCGCCCGUAGCCAUGCCUCAAAAAUCGAGGAAAUCAAGGACUUUUUGCCCACGGCCAGGCGAAAGGAUGCCAAAUCCAUCAAGAUCAAGAAAAAUAAGGAUAACGUGAAGUUUAAAGUUCGGUGCAGCAGAUACGUUUACACCCUGGUCAUCACGGACAAGGAGAAGGCAGAGAAACCGAAGCAGUCCCGGCCUCCAGGUUUGGCAGUGAAGGAGCUGGAGUGAACCUGGCCCACUGAUUUGAACUGGAUUAAAGUUUUAAAAAUUCUUAAAAAAAAAAAAAAAAAUCAGCUUUUUGCACCAAAGAUGUCUCAAGAAUUCUUCCUUGGUCGUCAGCUCUGGACCCCGACAUUUUCUUACAUCAGCCUGGUCUUAAUGUCAGCUCUC